AUGAUAUCCGAUGAUAAUAAAGUUAAAUCGCCUAUCGCUCGAUCAACCAUUGAGUAUGUCCCGAUCGAAGAAUCCGACGAGAUGGGAUCGAUCGAUUACGACGAGGAAGAUUCGAUUCCUGAAAGUCCAUGCGAGCCGAAAGUUUCGACCUUCGAAGUAUAUUUAAAAAUUAAACCGAAAUCGAAAAAAAUUCCAAAGGGUAUGUCGAUCAAUGAAAAUGAAAACUAUUACGAGGUAUUAAAUUCUACGACUCUUAUAACGAAAUUCAAGCCGAGCGUCGGCCGUAAAAAUUGUAGAUAUCCUCUGGUUAUAAGUAAAAAGAGCAACGUGGAUCAUAACGCGAGCAAAAGAUAUUACUUCACGAAGAUAUUUCAAUCCGACGUAUCACAAGCGGAAUUCUUCGAGGAGACCAUGAAAAAACGAAUCGUCGAUUUUUUGACAGGACAAAAUUCAACGAUAAUGAGUUACGGUACGACUAAUUCCGGUAAGACUUACACGCUUCACGGUACACCGGAUCAACCGGGUUUGAUUCCCCGUAGUAUCGAGCACAUAUUCUCGAGUAUAAAUUGUACUCUUGUGCCUUGGUAUAAACUCUAUUCGAACAAUACAUUGAUGAGCUUGGACGACAACGAGAGAUUGGAGGAGUCGGAAAGGAAAGCGAAACUUUUGAGAUCGCCUUUGAUCAACACCGAAAGAUUUACGGAAGCAAGAAAAUCAUUGGAGAAUUCGGAAAGAUCGAUCAUAGGAUUGGGAAGUAAACGUGACGAGUGUAACGGGGAAUCGAUGUACGCCGUAUGGUUGUCGUUCGCCGAGAUCUACAACGACAAUAUUUACGAUCUUCUCGACUUCGAGGAACCAUUGAGAAAUCGUCCAUUGAAAUUGAUCGGUGAUAAGAACGGUCUCACUUACGUUAAGGGAUUGACAACGAUCUACGUAACGACACCGUUCGAGGCUUGUCAAAUUUUAGUUGCCGGACAAGCCAGGAUGAGUACCUCCUUUACAACGUUAAAUCCUAAAUGUUCAAGGUCUCAUACCAUAUUCACAAUAGGAUUGUUGAAGUAUCAGAAAGCAUACGCGCCUCACGAAACCGAAGCCAGUACAUUGACUUUUUGCGAUCUCGCUGGAUCCGGACGAUCCAAAGGAUUAAGCGGAUUAAGCAGCGAGAGAUUGAAGGAGGCAAGAAAUAUUAACAAAAGUUUGUUGGUACUCGGUAGAUGUUUAAAAACUGUUCGGAAAAAACAGAAAAAAGAAUCAAGCAAGCAUAGCAACGAUCACGUAGCUGGUCCAUUUCGAGAAUCGAAAUUGACGAGGAUGUUUCAAAGAGCGUUGUCCGGGAACGAGCGCGUAACUUUUCUGGUAAAUAUCGAUACUUCGUCGGAACUAAUAAACGAAAUUAAAAGUAUAUUGAAGGUAUCGUCCAUCGCGAGACAAAUAACGUCCGAUAAAAAGGAAUUGAAAAAAUUUGGCACGAAAGAAGUAUCCAAUCGUCAUAAUUCAACAAGGAUCAACGAGACCGGAAUUUGUAACGAAUUUAAAUCGUCCAGUACCGUAGACGAUGAGAACAACAAGACGAUCUACAGCCCGAGAAAUGUUAUUGUCGAGGCCGAUCGUAAUGUUCGAGAGGAAAGUUCGAGAAACGUUUCGAUCGUCGACGAUCAAGUGGAAAAUAUUUCGGAGGAAUGUAUAUACGCUAAAAAACGUAAGAGAGACGAGCUCUCGUUCGUAAGCGAGACGGACGAGGACGUUGUCAUUUACAAAGACUUACAAGCUGAAAAUAUCGACGCUACGAGAAAGAUACGGGAUUUGGAAAACGCACUGAAUAAUUUGCAACACGAGAAACGUAUAGUGCUAGCUGAAAAUAAUAAAUACAGUUCGGAAUUGGUGCUGCUUAAGAGGGAAUUAAAGGAUUUUCAAGAUCUCGCAAAAUCUGAGAUAUCCAAAUUGAAUAUCCCCGAAGACGAGGUGAACGACGAUAUGGAUAAUUUAGCGAUUAAAUUGAAGAACGUUAUAGACGAGAAAAAGAGAUUCAUCGGGAAACGUAUAUCGGAUUUGAAAACGUUUUACGUCGAGGAGGAAGCGAUCAACGACGAAUUGAACGAAAUAAACGAAUUGAGAAAAGAACUUUCGGAAAAGACGAUUAAUAUACAAGCGCUGACGAUACAAUUGGAAUCUUCGUCGUAA